AUGCAAGAGGUCCAGACACUGUUGUCAAACGCGAGCCCAGUUCAGCUCGGAGCUGCUGCAACCGCACUCAUCUCCGUUGGACUCGUCUACGCAUGGUCGACAAAGAUACAUCCGUCUUCGUGUCGUUAUCCAAAAGGGCCACCAAGACUCCCUCUUAUCGGUAACUCUCACAACUUUCCGACAGAAAACUGGGGAGUCAUCUUCAACGAGCGGCAAAAGCUCUAUGGUGACAUAGUCUAUGUUCAGCUUCCCGGAAUGCCCUUCUAUAUCAUCAAUUCACUGGAAAUUGCGCAAGAGCUCUGUAACAAACGCGCAAAGCUCAAUUCAGAGAGAAAGAUAGGGUAUAUGAUCAUGAAUCUGGCCAACAAAGAUGCCGUUAAAGGAUCCCUCAUCGAGAGAAAGGCUCAGGAUUUUGUGCUCGACCUACAAGGCGUAAGAGGAAAUCCGAAGAGCACGAUAUUAAACACUGUCAGAAUGAUCAUUAUCGAAUUGGCGUAUGGCCGAGGCAUCGUGAAGGAGCAUGGAGACGAGAUGAUUGCACUCAACUUGGAGGCAAGGAACCUGUUGGAAAAUGCCAUUUUGACCGUGUGGACUGUUGAUCGAAUCUCGUUAUUGCGCUUCUGGCCAAGCUGGAUGCCUGAAGGAGAAUUCAAACGAUCUGGCGCAUACUGCAAGCAACUUGUGGAUCGAAUCCGGCAAUGGCCAUUCCGAAUGGCUAUCGAGUGCCGUAAAGCUGGAACGCUUGAUCACUGUUUCGCGGAUGACUUGAUGAAUGAAUUUGGGACCUCCUUCGAAGUUCGAGACACGCUCGCCAAUAUCUACUUUGCCGGUGUCGAUACAGUACGAGAAAUCAGUACAAGUUGCUUUCAUGCUCACACAUCUCGUGCAGACACCCACUCUAAUCAUCCGAUUCUUGCACACCAUGUUCAUUUACCAGAGGUCACAAAGAAGAUGCAAUCUGACAUCGACUCAGUAAUUGGUCGUGACCGGUUGCCGACAGCAAAGGAACGAAAUCACCUACCAUACUCCAAUGCCGUCUGGAAGGAAGCUAUUCGGUACAAGUGUUCCAUGCCUCUGGGCAUUCCUCAUUCGAGUAACGAAGAUCAGCUAAUUAACGGGCACUUUAUCCCAAAAGGCUCAAUCAUCAACCCAAAUUUCGGAUUCCAUCUCGUGACCACGGCCAUUGCAUUAUUCGACAUCAAUUCGCUACCUGGAGAGUCAGUACCUCAUCCCGCAACAGUUCAGUACCUCAAGAGAGGCAUGCGACUUCCCGUCAAUUUUGAUUGCGUAUUCACGCCAAGGGAUGAUAAAGCCAGUCAGCUCUUAUCUUCUCUUGCGUUGAGUCGUUGA